AUGAAAAUCGUAAACAAUGUUAGACCUGACCGCCAGACGGUUUUAUUUUCUGCUACUUUUCCACGCCAGAUGGAGUCACUUGCACGAAAGGUUCUCAAAAGACCACUUGAAAUUACCGUAGGUGGACGUAGUGUGGUAGCACAAGACGUUAAUCAAAUAGUUGAAGUUCGGGAAGAUAAUACAAAAUUUGUUCGCUUACUUGAAAUAUUGGGUCAGCAAUAUAAUGACGAUCCUGAUGCUCGUACUCUAAUUUUCGUUGACCGCCAGGAAGCAGCAGAUAAUUUAUUGCGUGAUUUAAUACGCAAAGGCUACGCCUGCAUGUCUCUCCAUGGUGGCAAGGAUCAAUUGGACCGUGAUAGUACAAUAGCAGAUUUUAAAUCUGGGGUUUGCCAGCUGUUGAUAGCUACUUCUGUAGCUGCUAGAGGUCUUGACGUGAAGCAGUUGAAAUUGGUCAUUAAUUACGAAUGUCCAAAUCAUAUGGAAGAUUAUGUUCAUCGUGUUGGAAGAACUGGAAGAGCCGGUAAUAAAGGUACAGCAUAUACUUUUAUUACCCCAGAACAAGAUCGGUAUGCGAUGGACAUAGUUAAAGCGUUGAAAUUAAGUGGUGGCCAUGUUAGCCCGGAAUUACAAGCGCUUGCUGACGGAUUCCAAGAAAAGGUCAAGGCAGGAAAUGCCACAUAUUCUGGUUCAGGAUUUGGUGGUAAAGGUCUUGAAAGAUUGGAUGAGGCACGAGAUCUUGUUAAAAAAGCUCAAAGAAAGACAUAUGACGUUUCUGAUGAUGAAACUUCCGAAGAGGAAGCGGAGGAAGAGGAACAUUCUAUUCCACAAAUUAAGAAAGAGGAAAUUUUAACAGCUCCUGGUAUUUCUACUAUAACAUCUAAGAAUGCAAUUACUAUUCCACCUCCAGCUAUUAGUCAUUCUGCAGAUGCAAAUCCUGCAGCAAUUGCUGCACUUAAAGCUGCUCAAGAGGCUGCAGCCCGUGUAAACGCAAAGAAUGUCGGUGCAAGUGGUGUUCAAAGAGCGAAAGAUAUCAUUGCAGAUAUCAAUGCUCGCUUUAAAGAAAACUCCGUACAAGGCACAGCACCUGAAGCCGACAAAGCCGAAAAUGCUGCAGAAUAUUCUGUCGAAAUUGAAAUUAAUGAUUAUCCACAAAAGGCGAGAUGGAAAGUUACGAAUAAGGUAGAACUUACAGGAGCGGCUAUCACUACUCGUGGUACAUAUUUCGCUCCUGGCCGUCAACCAGCACCUGGUUCUGGCGAAAGAAAAUUAUAUUUAUUCGUUGAGGGUGAAAAUGAAUAUGUUGUCGAAAAGGCCAAGAACGAAAUAAAGCGCAUUUUAACAGAAACCACGUUAAGUGCGAUUGAAGCCGAAGCUCGUAAUCCCGGAAGUACUUCAUUGGGUGGUUACGGCAAGUAUUCGGUUGUAUAA